ACAGAUGGACAAACUGUGUCUCCUGCUGGAGCUCAAGGACUGAAGGACACCGUAAAGCGCAGCUGAUAAGCGGCUUUAAUCGGCUAAUUUGGCCCCAGUGGCCUUUAGCAGGCUGCAGGUAAACACACCGGAGCCGAAAACACCCGCAGUCCGACACACUCACCGCGGUCUGCCCGCAGAGACGCUCCGGGUGGUCUUUACUCAACAACCUGAGCUUUUAACUGUGGAGACAUGGGUUUCCUCUUCAACUUUCUCAUGGUUUGAGGAUUUUGAUGCGCUUUCGAUCAACUCCGCCUUCAGUUUUGGCAUCUUCGCGACACAAAAUGUCCUUUCUUACGAAGACGCACGGAACUGUAUCACCAUCUGUUUAAUAAUUAUGAGUUAACGGUGUAAAAGUGUGUUUUUAUUUGUAAAGAAGACCAAACUACAGCUGUUUCCAGCCUGUUUUACGCGGAGCUUUUUGCGUAAAGUGCGCACCGAAGAGCUCCACGGUAGAGUCUGAGUCUCCGUGACACCAUGGUGACCCCACAGUGCGGGGACCAGAGUCCGUUCCGGUCUUCAUGAGAGUCCGCUGGCCGCGCUGCUGCGGCUCGGACCGGGACGGAGCGGAGGAGCCGCGGCGGAGAUGGCAACCAACCUGAGCGCGGCUGCGGCGGCCCCUGAGGCGGCCGCCAGAGGACACAACCUGCCGGCCCUGGUGUUCGGGGUGCUGCUGAUCGUGGUGAUCAUCUGCGGGAACCUGCUGGUGUGUCUGAGCGUGUUCACGGAGAAGGCGCUGAAGACCACCACCAACUACUUCAUCGUCAGUCUGGCGGUGGCGGAUCUGAUGCUCGCGGUGCUUGUGCUGCCGCUCUUCGUCUAUUCCGAGUUCCAGGACGGCGUGUGGACCCUCAGCACUACCAUCUGUGACUGUCUGAUGACCAUGGACGUGAUGCUGUGUACCGCCUCCAUCUUCAACCUCUGUGCCAUCAGUGUCGACAGGUUCAUCGCUGUGUUAAUUCCUCUCAACUACAACAGGAAGCAUGUGGACCUGCGGCAGACAGUGCUGCUGUCAGCCACUUGGAUCCUGGCCCUAGCUGUGGCCUCACCCGUCAUGUUCGGCAUCAACAACGUGCCGGGCCGAGACCCCAGUGAGUGUAAACUAGAGAGCGACGACUACGUUCUGUACUCGUCCGUGUGCUCCUUCUUUAUCCCCUGUCCCAUCAUGCUGCUACUGUACUUUGGCAUGUUCCGUGGCCUGCGGCGCUGGGAGGAGGCACGUAAAGCCAAGCUGAGGAACAGCAUUCAGGCCUGCCGCAAACUGCAAGAGGCCGCCGCUUCAUUACCACCACUGGCCUCGCUGCCACCGCCACUGCCACCCAUUAUAGAGAGGGAACAGACGGAUACUCAGGAUGAGCUGUCCACCUUCCCAUCCCCAGACCAGCCCUUUCAUUCAUCACAGUACAAAGAUGGCCCUGUGCGGACGGUCAGCUUCGCAGAGAUCAAGUUUAACCCAGAACCUCGCAAGAGGAAGACGGCCAAGAUCAACAGCCGGGAGAGGAAGGCCAUGAAGGUACUUCCUGUCGUUGUGGGUGCCUUCCUGUUCUGCUGGACUCCAUUCUUUGUCCUCCACACAAUGCGAGCUCGCUGUCAGGACUGCCACAUCCCACCGGCCCUAAUGAGUGUGGUGACAUGGCUCGGCUACGUCAACAGCGCUCUCAACCCCGUCAUAUACACUGUCUUCAACACUGAGUUCAGGAACUUCUUCAAAAAGUUCCUCCAUCGCUGCUUCUCCAAGAGCGCAUGAUGCGCUGCUGCUGCUGCAUGUCGAUUUUUAAAUGCACAAGAGCUGAAAGAGAUGCUACUGACUGUUGAUUUAGUGUCUGUAGACUGUGUAUGUUGCCAUUGUUUCCUUCCUCUGUGAGGUUUUAUUUUUCUACAUGUGCCGACAGCUAAGUUUGUUUGAGCUUCAUGUUUCUUGUGAAGAAGCUUCAGUCUGAGGAACAAACUGUUCAGCAGCACAUCUAUAUCACACAA